CGGAGACCGGAAAGGACGACGGGGUUAUGCCACUGCGGUUGGAGGGAAGAGUCGAUUUCGGGUCUUUUUUUUGUAAAUUUUCCCCUCGUCAAGUGCAGCAAUGUUAAUGACACAUCCCUGGAGCAGGUGGGACCUGUAGCCCUCCUGAUACAGAGUCAGGGACAUUACCACUGCGCCACAAGCGUCAGGAGUGGGCCCGGAUAAGUCGUCAAGUUUACCUUUGACGACUUCUGACUGUGAUUUCCCAGCGUGAAUCAUCAGAUGUUGUGGGUCAAAAUGAAAGAAAGAAAAAGAAAAAAGUUCUUUCUAUCUUCAAAAGCUCAGCAGAAGAAUAUUAAAGUAAUUGGACAAUGGAAGUCAGUGAAAAUAGAUCCAACCUUCCUUGGUGAUGAAGAUUUUGGGGAUCUGGUUUGUUUUGAAGAGCUUACAGAUUAUCAGUUGGUUAGUGCUGGCAAGUUGACAGAUGAAGAAACAAGAAAAAGAAAGUCCAAUAUUUCGGAGGUGCCAGAAUGUUCAAAGAAGCAGAAAAUCAGUGGUGAUGAGUUACCAGAAUCGAUACAAGCCACAAAGAAAAAGAUGAACAAAAAGACCACUGUUGACCAGACUCUGGGUGAAGAGGGGAUUACUGACUUCUCUGAGGAUAUGAAUCAGCUUGAAUGUUCAGAUAAAAAUGAAACAGUAGGGGCAGAAACAAAUGUUACUGCAGUUUCGAAGAAAAAGCAAAGGAAGAGGAAGAAAAAGAAGUCUGUAGUUUCUCAGUCCUCCACUCCAGCCAUGAAAGUGAAAAAUUGGACAAUGCAUCAUUCCUGUUCAUCUGAGCAGACAACUGAUAUUUCUGCCUGGAAAGACCUAUUUGUCCCAGAACCAGUACUCUGUGCCCUUAGUUCUCUUGGUUAUACUACUCCUACUCCCAUCCAAGCCCUGGUACUGCCACCUGCUAUUCGAGACAAAUUAGACAUUCUUGGUGCUGCAGAAACAGGCAGUGGUAAAACACUGGCAUUUGCUAUUCCCAUGAUUCACCUUAUUCUAGAAUGGAGGAAGGCUAAAGAUGCUAAAUUGAAAACAAGCGAGGAAGUACAGCAAGGCAUCCAAGAUACAAAUGACAGUUACAAUGCAGUCAGUGAUGUAUUGAAAAACACUAGCGAACACCUGGAGGAAGAUGAGGAAGUGGAUGGGAUUAAAGAGAAACCUGAAGAGAAUGAAAGCUCUGUAAAAGUGAUCAACCAUGUAAAUUUAGAUUCUCAUGCAGCUUCCAAUAUUGAAAAUCCACUAUUGGGCCUUGUCUUGACUCCAACAAGAGAAUUAGCUGUCCAGGUAAAGCAUCAUAUUGAUGCUGUUACCAAAUUCACUGGGAUCAGAACUGCAAUAAUUGUUGGCGGAAUGGCUGCUCAGAAGCAGGCAAGGAUUUUGAAUGGCAGACCAGAAAUUGUGAUUGCAACGCCAGGGAGAUUAUGGGAACUGAUAAAGGAGAGACACUCACAUCUCUCUCAUUUGAAACAGCUCCGGUGCCUGGUUAUUGAUGAAGCAGAUCGCAUGGUUGAAAAGGGACAUUUCGCAGAAUUGUGUCAGCUAUUGGAAAUGCUGCAAGACAAGGAAUACCAUCCAAAAAGAAGAAUCUUCAUAUUUUCUGCAACUUUAACCAUGGCUCAUCCGGCUCCUGCAAGAAUACUGGGAAAGAAGAAUGUCAAAACAAUAAAUACAGAAACAAAAUUAGAAGCCCUGAUUCAAAAAGUAGGCAUCAAAAGAAAACCAAAAAUAAUAGAUUUAUCCAGGAAGGAGGGUACAGUUGAGACUCUCACUGAAACUAGGAUCCACUGUGAAAUAGAAGAAAAAGAUGUCUACCUAUAUUAUUUCCUGCUUCAGUAUCCAGGCCGAACAAUGGUCUUUGCAAAUAGCAUAGAUUGUAUCAAACGUCUGAACUCAUUGCUCACUAUCCUAGAAUGUAAUCCACUGCCACUGCAUGCAAAUAUGCAUCAGAAACAGAGGUUGAAGAAUUUAGAAAGGUUUUCUGAAAGAGAGAGUUGUGUUUUAUUAACCACUGAUGUUGCAGCUCGAGGUCUGGAUAUUCCAAAUGUACAGCAUGUUAUUCAUUAUCAGGUUCCUCGCACCAGUGAAAUAUAUGUCCACAGGAGUGGGAGAACAGCUCGAGCCACAAAAGCAGGUCUCGCAUUGAUGUUAGUUGGGCCAAAUGAUAUGAUUCACUAUAAAAAGAUUUGCAAGACAUUGGGCAAAGAUGAAAAUAUUCCUCUGUUUCCAGUACAAGCUAAAUGUAUGUCUGAAAUAAAGACCCGUGUUAAUAUAGCAAGAAGUAUAGAAAAGAUGGAAUACCAGCACAACAAAGCACAGCAACAUAACAGUUGGUUUCAGCAAGCUGCUGAAGCUCUUGAAGUUGAUUUGGAGGAUGAUGUCCUCAUGGAUGGAGGCUGUAACACUGAUGAAAGGCAAAGGCAAAGGAUGCUAAAAGCAAUGAAGAAACAGCUGAAAUAUUUGCUUUUGCAACCAGUGUUUAAGAACUACCUGAAGACUAAGUACCCAACACAAUUUGGUAGGCUAACAUUGCCUAAGUUACCACUAGCCAGCCAAGAAACUGCUUUAAGCACUGUCAAAAAGCAUAAAAAUGCAAAAAAGCGUAAGUUGUGUGAACAAAUACAAUGAAAGAAGUAUUCUUUUGUUAAAAUAAUUGAUGCAACAAGCUCAUUCCAGUGUAUAAUUCAGUGGCUAUGCCUUUUAUUGCAUUUAAUAAAAACCCAGAACUUGUACAGUA